AUGUCUUCACCUCUGAAGCAAAUUUGGGACGCCGCUGCUGCGAACCCAUAUCAGCCUGCUGUUGGCAAAGACAGCCAAUUCACCGUGGGCUUCGCCUUGCUGCUUACCGGCCUCAUUCUGACAGGAAUCUUUGGUCUCAACCGGUCCAUGAUCAGCAUUCCAUUAUUGGGCGUUCCAGCUUCUCUAGCUUUCGGGUUCGGCGCUGUGUAUAUGAUCUGUGCUGUCGGCGUCAACGUCUAA